GGCCAGCGGCCGUGUGUACGGCCCGGCCCCAGGCCCGUCAGACGGGCCGACGUCGCCAUCCUGGCUGGACGAAGAUGUGACCCGCGGCCCGCGACACGGACACGAUGGAGUGGCUCACGGCUGCUGUUUGCCUGGGGCUCGCCGCCGCGCCCCUGCCGUCCUCCGCGGCGCCCAAACAGAAGAGCAACCCCUACUUCCACACGUGUCGGUACCGGGCCAGGUACUGGGAUGACUGCGUGCAGACCGUCGCCCAGGAGUUGCGGCCACUGUUUGCAGAAGGAGUCCCGGAGCUUGGAGUGCGACCGAUUGACCCGCUGUUUGUUGACACUUUCAACUUUAGCGAGGUUAGCGGCAAGUUUCGAGUCCACCUGCGGAUGAGCAACGUCACCAUGGAGGGUCUAUCGGACUACUACGUGACGGGUGUAAGGAGCAAUCUACAGGAGCUGAGUAUGGAGAUCAGGCUGAGGGUGCCCAGUCUCACCUUUCGCGCGCACUACCACAUGGAUGGCCGCUUUCUGUUCCUGGCCCUGUCGGGUGGAGGGACAUGCCAAUACAAUUUCACGGAUGUGGACAACAAGGUAGCAGUGCAGGGCCACCUGGUGCGACGGGUGUCAGACGACGCCCUUCACUUCCGAGUGAACACGCUGCAGUGGACCAUGCUGCCCUCCAAGGGUUCGUCGCACUUCUCCGCUCCGGAGGGGGACUCGUCUGUCUACAGCCACGCCACGUGCCGGCUGCUCAACGACCACGGCGAGGAGGGCUGGCGCUCCUUCCAGGGCGCGGCCGAGCAGGCCUUCGCCGAGGUGUUCCGGGAGCGCAUCAAUCGGCUCAUGAUGAACAUCCCCUACCGUGACCUCUUCCCACCGGGCGUGCUGCCGCUGCAUCUCCUCGAGCUGCCUAUGGCGGACAACGUGGCCGACGAGUACCCGCCCCUGUACUGGACGCGCCCGAGCACCACGACCACGUCGACCACCACGACCACGUCGACGACCACGACCACGUCCACCACCACCGCGCCCACCACCACGUCUACCACCACCGCAUCGACCACCACCGCGCCGACCACUACGACCACGUCACAACCUGCGACAGCGACCACUACUUUUGAGGUGACGCAAGGCUUUGACGAGAGAAUAGAGUACACAACUCAGGAUGUCGAGAAGCCGGCAACUGAAGUAUUCUCGGGCGAGCCACCAGUGGUGGUGGCCUCCACCGCGCGCACGGCCCCAGAGAGCCCCGCCGAGCAGGACGCACCCGACCUCGCACCCGACGCUCCGGGUAGCGGGUCCAUCGCCACUCCGGAGUUUAUCAUGGAAUCCGCCGCGGCCGACGACGCUCAGCAGCCCGGGCACACCGACGUUUUGGAUGAUGUUAUCCGGGUGACAGCAGAUUUGCUGCACAACGAUAGCGCCAGUCUGGAUUCCGAGAACGCGGCCGCGCCUGCGGUUGCCGGCGGUGCGGUGACGGCGGACGUGGUGACCCCCGCGCCGGUGGAGGGCGAGGGGCGGCCUGCGCAUCGCGCGGAGCCGGAGAGCGGAGCCGACCAGAACCAGAACCAAGAAGGUGCCACUGCUUCUGCCGCUGCUGGCGCGGUGCCAUGGCAGGACCGGCAGGACUCGGCGCAGGGCGAGGCGCGAGGGACCCAGCCGGAGGGCGUUAACGGCGUCGUAAAAGAAGACGAACAGCGGGACGUCGGCGCCCCGCCCAGGACUGACCUUGGGGAGGCUGACAAUGAGGACCGCAUCGCCUCCUUCGACACCGCCUUCACACUGGACGACAUCGCGGACACGGCGAGAGCCUCGUCUACCCCGAGCGUGCUGCCUGUCGACGUGUACAUCGGCGGCCUCCGAGUGGGUCAACGCGAAGUGUACACUGUCGUUGGCGCGAACGAGACGCCACCAGACCAGGAGAAGGGGGAGGAGGGAGUUGUCGGGGCUAGCGGAGGUUCGGACACCACAGCUGAUGCGAUCACCCCUUGGUCCAGACCAGAUGGCAAGCAAAUGAACCAGGUCGUGGCGCUGGCCGGAGACCCGAGCGGCCUCACCGACGAGGUGGGCUCGAGCGACCGAUCCGCGCUGACUGACAUGGCAUCGAUGUCCACCGAACUGCCCGCCAUGGAGGUUGAGGAGGCCACCGAGGCGGACAACUCUAUACCUGACGAGGACGACGACGACCAGCCGCUGCCGCUGUCAAGCCGGGACGAGCGGGAAGCCUCCCCGGCGACCUCGGUGGCGGACGUCACUGGAAAUACGACAGCGACGAUGACGGUCGAGGACUCCUCGCCGCUCGCCACGCUCGGCCAGGUCGUAAGCGCAAUCGCAAAGGACUUGAUCGCGGAAGUGUCUGAGGCGUUCGGUGCCGUGAGCGCCCCCGCGGGGGUGGGCGAGCAGGUCGAGCAGCGGGGGGCGGAGGCGCCGGCGAACUCCUCGUCCAGGGGAUGAUGCGCCAGCGCCGCGCAUGACGCGCUCACGGCGCACACGGUCAGGGUCAGCGGCGGCGGUGACGACGUGGGAACAUCUCCUUCCGCAGUGCUGCCGGCGCGACGUCGAGCCGCGGGGAGUGCGCCUGACCCAGUGCAUCCAAGCGCACUGCAAAAAGUGUCUCCAGCCCUCGCACAUAGCGCAGCGAGCCAGCAAUCAUAAUGGCUUCUCUUGUACACUGGAAGAAAGGGUUGUCCUUUUUGACGAUUAUUGUUUCUAACUGAUUAUAUUUGAAACAUUUCUGAAUUUCUGAAAACAAAAACAUGUUUAGAAGUGUUAAUGAACUAUCUGGAAGUUUCCGUCCCAUUCGGACUGCAAAUCGUACGUUCAGUGACGACCAUUCUGCAUAGAAUUGUGUCAGAUUUUUGUCAUACGUCUUUGGUAAUUUUAUGACCGAAACUUUUACAAGUGUACAUGAUGUUAAUAUCUCCCAGAGAUGUGCCCAUAUGGGCGCGUGAAUGUGUGGCCGCGUGUGCGUGUGUGUGCGAGCGGGUGUUUGUCGCGACAGCCUCAGUGAACUAAAGUGCGAUGCGAGAUUAUAGCAGGUGCCUCAAGCCAGUGCCCAACGUCUUGGAGGUUCUAGUCUCAUGUUUAGUAAUCACUUACCUAUUAUUUUUUUUUUUUACUUGAAUGUGAUACCGCCUUAAACUUAAGUUAUUCUCUGUAAGUAGCUUCGCGCGGUCGCCAUAAUCAUCCAGGUUCUACAGUUAAAUGACAGAUAUGAGACUUGUGUAACGUGCCAUAAUAUAUGAAGCGUUCUCGCAGCGUGGGGAAUGAUGUACAUAUAAAAACUACCCCUAAGUCAGACAAUAAAAAACUGAAUAGAAAUGA